AUGAAUGCUGAUCUGUGGGCACGUCCGAACUUCCAACUAUGGAGUGUAAGCGCCGAACCACCAAGAAUCACACCGGUUGUAGAAUACGAGAAGGCAAACGAGAAGAGAUUCACCAUUCGUGUUGUUCAUGGUGGGUUUUUUACAGACUACCCAUGUAAGGCGUAUCAACAGACAAAGGUUCACUUUAUUUCUAAUGUCAACAUCGAUUUGAUCAACAUGGAGAUGCUUGGUCGUUUUUCUAAAAGCCUUGGGAUUGUGUUUGUUCCAAUCAAUUUCCCACACUUUUUGAUGAACUUACCAUCUAAACGUGUUGAGAAGCUUAUUCACAUGUUUGUAACAGAACAUCCAAUGUCAACAGUUGAUGAUGGAAUAGCAUACAUCAAACAUAUGCUAAACAUGACCAUUCCAAGAGAAAAAAUGGAGGAUGCUAUGGACAUGGCCAAAGAGAAUGUCAUAGCAUGGAAAAACAUAGUGGAAAUUAUAGAUGAUUUUGUUGUUUAUGACCAACUCCAUUUGGAAAUAUUUCAUUCUGUUACAUUUGCAUGGACGGAUAUUGGUAAUAUACUAUUACCAUGUUCUGUCUGUCCUGUUUCUAAUGAAGCUAUCGAUGACUUACGUAAUGUCAAAGAUGAGGGUUUCAGUGCUUCUAUUUCGGAAUUAAAUCAUACGGAAUGUAAAGAUGAUUAUGUUGGUUUAUUUCCGAUUCAAACAAAUGUUGUUGAAUCAGUGUCACCUAAAUCAACAACAUCAACCAUAACGGUCGUUUGUGAUAAUCAUCAGGUUGAUGUUUCUGACAAGCUCAUUUAUAAAGAUGCUUCUGGUAAUAUGAAAGAUGAUGCUAUUGUGGCACCUAUGUAUGAGGUUGCUUCUAAUAGUAAUGAAAAUGAUGGUAUUACAAAAAGUGUAUCUGAUGAAAAGGAUGUGGAAGAUAGUGACAGAUGUGACAAUGUUGGUGACGAUACUAUUGAAGAUGAUAUUUCUAAGACACCUAUCUCCAUAUGUGGCUUACAAGAUGGUGGAGAAAGUGAAGUUGGUGAUGAUACUAUUGAAGAUGAUAUGUCUAAGACACCUAUCUCCAUAUGUGGAUUACAAGAUGGUGGAGAAAGUGAAGAUGCUUGUGCUGUUAUUGAAGUUGAUUCUUCUGAAAAAUCGUUUAUCGGAUCCUCAAUAACACCAAUGAAGCGUCUACUUCCACGAUUGUGUGACGAGUCUUUGGAAGAUGAUAAUGUUGGUUGA